CGCUGCUACUCGCCUGACAGCCCUGCGACAGGAUUCAACUCGCGCCCGCGCGUGUGCCUGCCUGCCUGCCUGCCUGCCUCUUGCUCGCUUGCCUUGCCGGAGCUUCCAUCGUCGCCAGCCAUUCCCACCUGCAGCAGUGGACAUUGGACUGCGCAACACCGGCCGCUCUCCAGCCCUGCGCAGAAAUCGAGAACUCCUCGAGCGCGCGGCCUCUACGAUCCAUCCACUCGAAGCGCCCGCGCGACGCCGCCCUCGCCGUGCGCCAUUCUAUGACUUCGCCAAACUCGAGAAAGAGACCCGCGCCGGGCAGCGUGCCGAUAUCACAACAGAUGGCGCAGCCGUUCCACCCACAGGCCGACCAGUUGAUGCGCUGGACCGGCAACAACUCGGGCAACUUCAUGGACGGCGCCAACAACAUUGACUACAGCAUGCUGUCGACGCCGUUAGCAGCAGCCCAAUUCUCUCAAACCAACCCGGCCGCGACAUCGACAACGCUUGCGCGCCGGGGGAUGAACGGGACACUCGUCCCCUCGAACCGCGCUUAUGUCCAGCCACAGAGUGAGUCCUGGCCAAACUUCGAGGACGGGAUGGUAGUGCCAGCCGCAAACGGUGGAACCGACGACAAUGACAAUGUUGAGCUGCUGGAGGAGCGGGCUCAGAGGGCGAAGCGGGAGGCGCAAGCGAAGAGGAAACAGAUCCCUCCGUUUGUGCAGAAACUAAACAGCUUCCUCGAGGAGUCGAAAAACACCGAGCUCAUCCGGUGGUCUGAGAGAGGCGAUUCGUUCAUCGUCCUGGACGAGGACGAGUUCGCAAAGACGCUGAUUCCCGAGCUCUUCAAGCACAACAACUACGCCUCUUUCGUGCGGCAACUGAACAUGUAUGGCUUCCACAAAAAGGUCGGACUCUCGGACAAUUCCAUGAAAGCGAGCGAGCGCAAGAACAAGAGCCCCAGCGAAUAUUACAACCCGUACUUCCGGAGAGGCCACCCGAAUCUUCUCUGGCUGAUCAACAAGCCCAAGAGCGGCAACGCCAAAAAGGGCGGCAAGAAGCGCGCGGAUGAUGUGGAAGGCGACAGCGACGACGAGAUUCUGCCUGUCGAGGACAACGUGACCCCGGCCGCGACCCGUCCUCAAGAUCCGAGCCGUGCACUGCCCGCGCCGGAGUCGGGGCCGUUGCAGAGGAAAGAGCUUUCGGUGAUUCGAGACCAGAUGGCUGUGCUCCAGCAGCAGCAACGGACCAUCAGCGAUGCAAUUAAGAGACUGCGGAGCGAGCACAACAGUCUGUUUCAGCAAGCUGUCGUCUUCCAGAAUAUGCACGACCGGCACGAGAACUCCAUCACCGCCAUUCUCAAUUUCCUGGCGAACGUGUUCCGGAAAUCUCUGGAGGAGCAGGGCGGUGUGCAGAACGUCAACGACUUGCUGGCCGGCAUCAUACCUAACAUGCAGAUGCCCCAGAAUUCUUCUGGUAGUGUUGUGGAUCUGGGUGACUUUCUGCAACAACAGGCGAACCUGGGGGGCACAGGCUCGGUGUCGACGCCCAAAAGACCACAACGCCUCCUGCCACCCAUACCGUCUCACCAAGACUCCCGAUCGGCCUCUGGCAAUGCGGCGACGAACCUUUACCAGAACAACCAGCAGCCACGCAUGGGAUCUGUCGAGGAGGUCUUUGAUCCUCCUUCUUCAGAAAAGUCGACCACGCCAGCAUAUCUCAAACAGGAGCUUGAAUCAAACCCGCAGGAAGGGAUGAUGAAGAUUAUCCAGAAUGCCAACUCGAAUGCCGGACCCAAUUCUGCUGGCCUCUCAAACCUCGCUGCGAACACGUCCGCCAACAUGACAAACGACCAGCGUGACCGCAUGCUCAACAUCAUGAACUCGGGGGCCAGGCACAGCUCGUCGCCUGUCCCGGCAGGGCCAUCUCCACCAGCUGGCCAACUCCCGACACCAAGGACACAGGUCCCGCCGAGCCUCAAGACAACAAGCGUGUCGCCGUCACCACAACCAGCAGCCGCAACAUCGACGAACCUGUCGCCGAUCCUUCGUGCUGCGCGGGAGGUCCAGCCGCCUUCCAUCGAGCGGAUGAACCAGAACAACGAAGAGCUCGAGAGGCUGCAGCGUCUCCAGGCGGAACAGGCCGAGAAGCUGGAGCAGCUCAACAGCCUGCUCGGCCCUCUGAGCCCAUCUGGUAGGAUCCCUGGCCUGGAAGGCGACGUCAGCUACUUUGGCAACGACGACAUCGACCUCAACCAGUACCUCGACUCGUCGGCGUUUACCAACGACGCCGCGGGCGGGGUGGGCGACUUCAGCUUCGACACGAGCGCGCCCCUGUUCGACCCCAACGGGCCAGCCGGCGAUUUCGGCAGCGCCGGGUACACCUGGAACCCCUCAGAUCCCCUGCCGGACUUUGACCCGAGCGUGGUGGGCGGCGGCGGCGGCGGCGGUGGUACUGCUUUGUCCGGGCACGGCCUGGGCGGCGGCCGGGUCGUGGAGAGCAACACGCCCGAUCAGGGCCCAAGCCCAGGCGGGACAGAGGAGAUAACGAGGGAUGACCUAGAAGAGAGUCCCAGCCGCUCGGCGAAACGUCAGCGCAAAGUGUGAGCAACUUGCUGUCCAGAUUGGCUUUGUUCGAGAUGGCGGGUUUUUUCUUUUUCUUAUGCAAACAUCAUUAGCCGCAAAGGGUCAAUCAGGGUAUCGGAGUUAUCGGUUCAUUGUUUUGCACGGGACAUCCAGGAGGAGGAGAGCAAGGGAUCAGGGUUAAGAGCCCGAGUUUGGCUUUUUAGUUUGAUAGCGCGCGCGGGGGGGGUUUUCAUCACAUCAAGGGAGUUUUUUGUUCAAUACUGGACUAGUGCAGCGGCGAGAAAAAUCUCAGACAGCGUUCCCUGGUCCAUCAUCACAUGGCAAUAUUGUUUCAGGU